AUGAUGGAGUCUGCGAAUACGAUCCUUCAAGAAGCCCUUGAUAGCAUCACAGAAACAGAAACACAGAAACCUUCUUCCUCCCCACCAUCACCAUCAUCAUCAUCAUCAUCAUCAUCAUCAUCAUCAUCAUCAUCAUCAUCAUCAUCAUCAUCAUCAUCAUCAUCAUCAUCAUCAUCAUCAUCAUCAUCAUCAUCAUCAUCAUCAUCAUCAUCAUCAUCAUCAUCAUCAUCAUCAUCAUCAUCAUCAUCAUCAUCAUCAUCAUCAUCAUCAUCAUCAUCAUCAUCAUCAUCAUCAUCAUCAUCAUCAUCAUCAUCAUCAUCAUCAUCAUCAUCAUCAUCAUCAUCAUCAUCAUCAUCAUCAUCAUCAUCAUCAUCAUCAUCUUCUUCCCCCUCUUCUGCUUCUUCUUCUUCCUCUUCUUCUUCUUCCUCUUCUUAUUCUUCUUCUUCUUCUUCUGUUUCUUCUUCUUAUUCUUCUUUUUCUUAUUCUUUUUCUUAUUCUUUUUCUUCUUCUUUUUCAACUGCGUCUUCUUCUUCUCAUUUUUCUUCUUCCUAUUCUUCUUCUUCUCAUUUUUCUUCUUCCUAUUCUUCUUCUUCUCAUUUUUCUUCUUCCUAUUCUUCUUCUUCUCAUUAUUAUUCUUCUUCUUCUUCUUCCUCU